AUGGCCAGUUCACCACCAAAACGUAUCACACGCGCUACAGCUGCAGCUCACUCCAGCGGAAAGUCUAAAACGACUUGCAUUACCACCUCAACAAAAGUCAAAAAAGUAGUAUCGACCAAAAGAAAAACGCGGAAUGAAGAAGCGUCCGAGGAACAGCUCAAAAUUUCCAAUGAACCAACGGAUUCAAAUUCUCUCACUACGCGCGGAAAAACACGAAAGGCUGUACCCUCAAAAACUGCAACAUCCGAUUUACUUUCCACCAAGAAACCAACAAGGGGCCGUCCACGAAAAGUUCCUAUAGAUAACACGCCAUGUGAGAUCAAAACCGAGCCUGUAAGGUCUCUCCGUGAACGAUCAUUAAAAGAUAAAACUAUGGAAAGGUCGACUGCCGCAUCAGAAUCCUUGCCGAAACGUACUCGAGGACGGCCUACCACUGUUAUAAAACCUCCGUGCUCUAAAAAAACUGUUCAAUUCGAAGAGCCAGACAAGGAAAAUUUACACCCUGUUAGUAAAAUUAAAUGUAUGGCCAAAAAUUCACAAUUCGGGACAGGUCUUCGGGCAAGACCGGUUCGUAAACCAUCCACACUACGAACAACUCGAGGUCGAAAACUGGCAGAAGAGACUUUAAAAUCGGCAGCUCUCAGCCCGAAAAAGUUCUCACAGACUAACUCCUUCAAAGACCACUCAGAUGAUGAGCUUGCAACGACAGCCAAAACUCGCAUGAAACCUCUAAAGACCAGUCCCAUAAAACCUCCCCAUAAUUUUGGAAAUCAUCCUAUAAAAAUAGAUCUUUCUGUCCCUAGUAACGCUUGCCAUAGCCAAACAAUUUCAUCGCAAGACCAAAAACUAUCAAUUAUGAGUCCAGCUCGUCGUCUACCACAAACGCCUUUCAAAGAUGGAAUGAAGGUAGCAGCGCUAAAAUUAAGCAGCGUCCGUGAAUCACCCCUCAAAAUAUCGCUCCCACAUCUAAGAAUGGAGUCAUCGGAAAUAAAUCAGAAGACGUUACUUCUUCAAUCACCCGCUAAACGACUACAAUCUACAACUAAAGUGGAAGAAAAUAAACAUCAACCUAACCAUAUUAUCAACUACAAAAGUGCCGCAUCUGACAAUAACCUUCAAACAAGUAUUACAAAAUCUAAUCACCCAACAUGCGGAAGGUCUCCGGCAAAAAAAACCCGAAACAAACGUGAGCUGAAUAUACAACCACUAGGAUCUAUCAUUGAUGAAGGCCACAACACAUUGAAUGAGAAUGUUAGUCACCGCGAAGCAAGCAAGCCCUCGUCUCUCCCAGUUCAGUCUACUCCCAUAUUGCCAUUCGCAUGUGAGCCUAAACAAACUCUAGAAACUGCAUCGUCAGAAACAGUUACGUUGGAUGUCGCUACCCAGAAUGAGAACAAACAAAAUACACUCCGUGAAGCGAUGGAUUCCCCUGUUGAUAACGAUCGAAGAGAUUUUAAUGCCAUACCCCUACCCUCAAGCCCCUGUGGUAAGAAUAUAUUACCCGAAUUCUCUCAGAACCAAGAAAAUGCUUUUAACCCAGACGAUCACAUCUCUACAUCUACUUCACUCUCUUCUGCCCUCUUGAAUAACUCUCGUUUGUGCCCCGUCGAAUUACCAGACAAAAAUAGAACAGAUAUGGAACCGGCAUCACUAGUAUCCCCCCUGAAUAUUUCAGACUAUCGGCUGCAUGGGCAACAGAAAAUAGGAUUCACGCCUCUAGCCAAACAACUUCGUGACUGGAUGGUACCGAGUCCAGAGAAAGCAUCGGGUCGAGAAUCAUUUAUUUCGAGCUGGCUAGAUCCACACGAGGUCGAGGCUCACAGCACCAAGGAUGACAAAGCAGAAGAAGAGAGCCUCGAACAGUCAUCUACUUUUGAUAAAGUGAUGAAUAUAUGUGAGGAGAUAGCCCUAGCAUCCACGCCGUCACUUAGAAGUCUGGAAAUGGCUGGAGCCGAGCAUGAACCCUUCGAAGUUGACCAGCAAGACCUUGAUCUCGCCCAUGAAGCUGACGAAAUGUCUAUCCUUGAACCAGAUCAGACAAAUGGAAUAGAAAUAGAAAUGCAAUGGCCUCAAUAUCCUUCUCGAGAAGGAAAUUGUAUUUCAUCAAUAUGCCUGGGCGAAGAUCUAAGGACAUCCAUGCAAGUUGCCACGUUUGAAACGACUGAUUCCCAUCUACCUCCCGAAGAACAUUUCUAUCCUGAAGAGAAUGAUGUGCCUGAGAUUCAUAUCGAUCCGCAACUUUUAGAACCUCAUGCUCAGCAGGAUCUUCUUAGGCCACUAACUCCUAAACGUAUCACCUCUGAACGCAUCUACCACACUGUAUGCAAGGUGCCACUCAAGCCCGCUGCUGGUGAAACUUCUAGCAAACCAUCCAUGAAAAAGAAAAGUAGCAGUGUUUCUCGAUGUUCAACUUCUCGUCCUCUUGCUUUAGCCGCUACCAGUGGCAAUGGCUCUCACCUCGGUAGAAAAGAAAUUUAUCAAGAUAAAUUUUACUCAGAAGUGACCGCAACUCCGCUCCAAGUUGUCGAGUGGUCAAAGCUUGGGACUCCUGCACGAACAGAUUCAGCAAAUCUAGAUCCGUCUCUGUUAAAAGGUGCUGUAGUUUUUGUUGAUGUCUAUACCGCUGAGGGUGCUGACGCAAGUAUAAUUUUCAUGGACAUCCUAACGCAAAUGGGAGCUCGAUGUGUCAAGGCCUGGAACUGGAGUGGAAAUUCUGAGGACGGGAAGUUUGGAAUAACGCAUGUUGUCUUCAAGGAUGGUGGAAAGCGAACACUUGAAAAAGUACGCGAAAGUAACGGUGUCGUCAACUGCGUCGGAGUUGGAUGGGUCCUUGACUGCGAACGUGAAAACAAGUGGCUCGACGAAUCACCGUAUCUCGUGGACGUAGAGGUCAUCCCUCGAGGUGGUGCCCGUCGGCGUAAGAGUAUGGAACCCCGCGCACUUGCUAAUCUUAAUGGCACACUUGUUCCUACAUCCACGCCACUCUAUCAACGCAAUCUUGGAAGGGGAAAUACCAAAUAUAGCUCAGAAAUCGAGGAAACCCCCAUGAAUAGCAAAUCUCGUCGCCGUGAUUCCACUCAGUGGAUCCACAACAACAUGAGCACCCUUGAGGAGGAAAAUAUACCGCAGACUGACUCAACCCCAAACUCAGAGAUCUUCUCUCCCUUUUCAGACACUCCGGGCGGACAAACACCUUACUUUCUUUGUAAGGAACAGUUGGUGCAGAAGACAGCGCCGGCCAAGAGAUUUGAAAGCUCCGAGCAAGAAGAAUAUGAUGAUGUAAAUAGCUUCUAUGGAUUAAAAUCGGCAGCGCAGGUGAAUAACCAAAGCUUCAUGACACGCUUAAUAGCUGCAAAAAGAAAGAGUCUACAGUGGGCACCCAAGAUCGGGAGUCCACUUGCCAACGCCUUUGAAUGCUAG